AUGCGCUUCUCUCCAUCCAAAUGGGUGUCUCUCACCCUAGCACUGUUGUCACCCGCUAUCGGCUCGCCAAUGAUCCACAAGCGAGGGAACAGUAUUCACAUGGGUCUAAACACAGACUUUCCGGACCCAAGUUUCCUCAAAGCCUCAGAUGGAAAGUGGUACGCCUUUGGCACAAACGGAAACGGCAAACGUAUCCAAAUAGCCAGUUCUUCCGACUUCAACACAUGGACUCUGCUCGACAUCGAAGCCCUUCCCACAUUAUCAACCUGGGAAACCGACAAAGAUCACUACGCACCUGAUGUAAUUCAACGCGACGAUGGAAAAUACGUGAUGUACUACUCUGGUGAAGCCAAAUCAGAUAUAAACCACCAUUGUAUCGGAACUGCUAUUGCAGAGAACCCAACGGGACCAUACGUACCCAGUAAUACACCACUGUCGUGCCGACUAGACAAAGGCGGCUCAAUUGAUCCAUCUGGAUUCCUCGACUCAGAUGGAACUCGGUACGUGCUAUUCAAAGUUGACGGCAACAGCGUUGGACAUGGCGGGGACUGCAACAACGGGGUCGAGCCACUCGUCUCAACACCGAUCAUGCUGCAAAAGCUACAGGCUGAUGGUGUCACGCCUAUCGGAGACGCAGUGCAAAUCCUCGAUCGGAGUACAGCGGAUAAUGAUGGGCCGCUUGUUGAGGCGCCGAGUCUUGUACUUCAUCAGGGCACUUAUUUCCUGUUUUACUCUACCCAUUGUUAUACUGAUCCUGCAUAUGAUGUGCGCUGGGCUACUGCGAGUAGUAUUGUCGGGCCAUACCAGAAAGCAAAUAUUCAGUUGAUGAAGACGGGGGAGGAUGGGUUGACGUCACCGGGAGGUGCAACGGCUUGUGGAUGUGGGGAUCGAAUGCUGUUGCACGGGUGGUGUGAUUCUGCAAAGACAAAAAGGUGCAUGUAUGUAGCAGAUAUGAGGCUUACUGAACAGGCUGCCAUCAUUGGUUAA